GAGCUCCUGAUUAGACUGUAGAGAAAGCAGAGGAGAUAUAGAGAUGCAGUGAGAUGUGCAUCCUGCGCGCCUGAACUAGCAGGCAGGCAGGGAGACACCACACGGAGCCUGGGGAAGGCGCACAGAACCGUACAGAGCCACACGGAGCCACAGAGAGCCAGCGUCUGCCCAGGAAGAGUGCAGUGCAGUGCAGUGCAACGCAGCCAGGAGUCACCCGUCUGCUCGCUGCCGUAGCCGCCUGUCACUGUGAGCGUGCUGGACCGCCGCUACACACCUUCCGCUCUGCGUGCACAUUUGUGAGUGUGCAGCUGCCUGCGCGUAUGAGUGUGCUUGCGCGGCUGCUUGCGCAUGUGAGCGUGCAGCUGCCUGCGCGUGUGCACCCAUCUGAAUUUCCCUUUUUCUGGCGAGAGGAGUAACUGCAGCAGUGGACUCAAAGGGACAGAGCUGUCACUGUGGCUCCCUGUGUGUGGUGUGGCUGCCAGCACUGCAUUGGUAUUCCGGGGGCCCUCAGCUCCCCUUCAGGAUGGAUCUACAGGGACGGACUUGCACUUGCCUGGGGGGACAACACUGAGCUGGUGGGAGGCCUGGCUUCAUAGCGCUUAUUCUCUACCCUGCCUAAGCACUAUCUCUGGCCCCACUGUUGGUUUCUCACCAUGGACCAAACCUGCUACAUCCAGAACCACGGAGAUCGCAUGGCAGGGAGCAGCUCAAAGGCUUCCUUCACUUCCUUUGGAAUCUGAGCGGGAUUCUAUUCAAGACUGGAUCCUGUGGAUCUUCCUAUUGUGCAAUGCCCAGAUUUGGAUUGAUGUUGAUAUGGGAUUUGAUUCAUAUUGCAGGCAUGAGAUCAUCCACACAAUGGAGUUUUUGAUCUUAUAAUGUACUGACCUUCUUCAGACAGUCACCGCAGUCACCUGGAGAGAGAGUGACAUUGUUUUGCGCAUCACAGCUGGAAUUCAGACCUUCAGAACAUCACUGUGAAAGCCCAGCUUUCUGUGAGAGCCCAUCACUGUGAAAGCCCAGCUUUCUGUGAGAGCCCAUCACUGUGAAAGCCCAGCUUUCUGUGAGAGCCCNUGAAAGCCCAGCUUUCUGUGAGAGCCCAUCACUGUGAAAGCCCAGCUUUCUGUGAGAGCCCAUCACUGUGAAAGCCCAGCUUUCUGUGAGAGCCCUUCACUGUGAAAGCAUAGCUUUUUGUGAGAACCCAGCUUUCUUUACCUGCCUGCAUUAGUCACUGGAAGAGCUCAUGUGAGGAGCACAGGAACACACCCCCCUUGAGGGGUCCUGGAGCACUGUGGGAUUCCUGCUCUGAGUUUUAUGGUGCAUUGAGCCCCCCCGUGCCACAUUUGGGAGGUGUCUCUAUUUGACAUAAACAUUGAAUUUCCUUUAUUUUUUAAUUUUGUUGAGAAAUCAAAAUAUUUGGUAAAAUGAUUAAGAACACCGUAUUUUAUCACGUGACAGUACAGUAGGUGGCGCUGGGGGAAGCAGAAGACAAAGCACAGAGGGACUGGUGAAAAGUCAGAGAAGAAGCACUGGAGGAGUGGGAGGGCUACAGAGCAGCGACCCUAAGAAGACUCCAGCUGCCUCUACUGUGGAAGGGUGGAACGACAGAGGAGGCGAGGGGAAGGCGAGAAGGUGUGGAAGUAAACAGCGGAAGUGUGACGUGCCUGAGCUUAGAGUGAGAAGCAGUGGGAGGACAGGGCCGCCUUUCCGUGGUCGUCACGGUGAGAGACGGCGUUAGCAUUAGCAGAAGCACACGCCUGUCGCUAUAGCAUCAGAGCCGACCGGGGGUCAGGUGCCGGGGCAGGGGGCAAUGCUGCUAUCAGAGGCAAUUAAGGGGAUCUGAUUGAGUGCCUCAGUCGUCUGGCACAGGUGGCAACACACAAAGUCACUCGCGAGAGCGACUUAAGUGAGACCAGCAGAGACGGCGGACGGGCACCUGUGCCAGGAAGACGCCCCUUGGCUUCGCCUUCAAAUUUUAACUGAUUUGAGAAACAUAGGAAGAGGAUUUGAAGGCCUCCUCACGGCCCAGAGGGAUAAUGGUGUGGGGGGGAGGAGGGGCAGAGUCAGAUACUCUUGGUCUGGGGGGGGGGUUUGUUUUCCUGAGCCUUUCUCAUCCUGGAAUCCAUCGUGAGCUCAGCGUUUCUGUCCGUCACCAAAAGAGGAGCACUGCCAUCCACCUGCCCUCCUUUGCUCCCUCCGUUCCUCCAUCUCUCAUCCUCUCUCCGUAGCUCUCUGUUAGGUCACAGCAGAAUUACGUACUUUUUUCCAGAUAUAUUCCGCCCCACUGCGACCUAAGAUUUCUGUAGUGGUCGAUGACUCUCUAUCCACCUCCACCAAGCCUUCAACUAAAAGAUAAAGUCGCCCCCCCCCCCCACGCUGCCUGAGCACCCUGGAGUCCUGUGGAGGGCAGCCCCUCUCUGGGGGACAGGAAUAACAGCGGCCCGGAUGUGCGUCUCCUCUGGCCUGGCCUGUCGACAGCAUCGCACCGUCUACUAUGGAACACAGCGCCUAGUCUUGGCAGAUUCAUUCUUGGGCGGUGUGACAGGCAGCCAGAAGAUCGUUCUCCAUGAGGAGCUGUAGAAGAUGCCAGCUCUGCCAACACUGUGGCUGUCGAUUGCCCUGACCUUCGUGCUGCUGAGCAUGGCUCCGCCAUCGAAUGGCCAGCCAGCCUUGGGGCCAUCUUCCUUCAGAAUGGCUGCCAUCCUGGACGACCGGCCAAAGUGCGGGCGGGGCGAGCGCCUGGCCCUGGCCCUGGCCAGGGAGAACAUCAACAGCAUGAUGGAGGCACCAGCCAGAGCACGCGUGGAGGUGGACAUCUUCCAUCUGGAGCGCGACUCCCAGUACAUGAUCACUGACACCAUGUGCCAGAUAUUACCGAAAGGUGUGGUAUCUGUCAUCGGUCCUGCCUGGAGCCCCACGUCGGGAUCGACAGUCAGUCACAUUUGUGGGGAGAAAGAGAUCCCCCAUGUGAAGGUCGGCCCUGAGGAGUCGCCCAGGCUUCCGUACCUGCGCUUUGCAUCAGUCAGUCUGUAUCCUAGCAACGAGGAUCUCAGCCUGGCUAUUGGGGCCAUCCUGCGCUCAUUCAGCUACCCAACGACCAGCCUGAUCUGUGCUAAGGACGAAUGCCUUCUGCGACUGGAGGAUCUCGUACGGCGAUUUCUUAUCUCGAGGGAGACUUUGUCUGUCAGGAUGCUUGACCAUAGCUUGGACCCAACCCCCUUGCUGAAGGAGAUCCGUGAUGACAAGGUGGCCACCAUCAUCAUUGAUGCCAAUGCCUCCGUCUCCUACCUCAUCCUGAAGAAGGCCUCGGAACUGGGAAUGACGUCAGCAUUUUACAAGUACAUACUUACUACCAUGGAUUUCCCCCUGCUUAGAUUUGAUGACAUAAUAGAUGAUCAAUCUAACAUCUUGGGCUUCUCAAUGUUCAACACAAGUCACCCAUUUUACCUGGAGUUCAUCAGGAGUUUGAACCUGUCCUGGGAGGAGGAGUGUGCCUUCAGCACCUACCCCGGACCCGCCCUGUCCUCCGCUCUGAUGUUUGAUGCCGUCCAUGUGGUGGUGGGGGCAGUGCAGGAGCUAAACCGCAGCCAGGAGAUCGGAGUGAAGCCGCUGAGCUGCUCCUCGCCGCAGAUCUGGCAGCACGGCACCAGCCUGAUGAACUAUCUGCGUAUGGUGGAGUACGAUGGUUUGACAGGCCGGGUGGAAUUCAAUGGUAAAGGCCAAAGGACCAACUACACCAUCAGCAUUCUGGAGAAGCACAGAGGAGGUCACGAAGAGAUUGGGAUCUGGUACUCCAACAACACACUGACUAUGAACUGCACUUCUCUGGACCUCAGUGUGUCUGAAACUUUGGCCAACAAAACACUCAUUGUCACCACAAUAUUGGAAAACCCCUACGUCAUGCGCAAAGCCAACUACCAGGACUUUCAGGGCAAUGACCAGUACGAGGGCUUCUGUGUGGAAAUGCUGAAAGAGAUGGCUGACAUCCUCAAGUUCUCCUUCCGCAUCAAGCUGGUGGACGAUGGGCUGUACGGGGCCCCGGAGGCCAAUGGCUCCUGGACAGGCAUGGUGGGGGAGCUCAUCAGCCGGAAAGCGGACUUGGCUGUAGCCGCCUUCACCAUCACGUCAGAGAGAGAGAAAGUCAUCGACUUCUCGAAGCCCUUCAUGUCGCUUGGCAUCAGCAUCCUCUACAGAGUGCAUCCUGGCAGGAAACCAGGCUACUUCUCCUUCCUGGACCCCUUCUCCCCAGCUGUCUGGCUCUUCAUGCUUCUUGCAUACCUGGCUGUCAGCUGUGUGCUCUUCCUGGCUGCCAGAAUGAGUCCGUUUGAGUGGUACGAGCUGAGCCCCUGCCUGCGUGGGCACAGGGAUGUGCUGGAGAACCCGUACACCCUGGGCAACAGCCUCUGGUUCCCCGUGGGAGGCUUCAUGCAACAGGGCUCGGAGGUCAUGCCCCGGGCGCUGUCCACCCGCUGCGUCAGCGGAGUCUGGUGGGCCUUCACCCUCAUCAUCAUCUCCUCCUACACCGCCAAUCUGGCGGCUUUCCUCACGGUGCAGAGAAUGGAGGUGCCCAUCAAGUCCCCCGAUGACCUGGCGGACCAGACCAACAUCCAGUACGGCACCAUCCAUGGGGGGAGCACCAUGACCUUCUUCAUGAACUCACGGUACCAGACCUACCAGCGCAUGUGGAACUACAUGUACUCCAAGCAGCCCAGCGUGUUUGUGAAGAGCACCGAAGAGGGUGUCGCCCGUGUUGUCAACUCCAGAUAUGCCUUCCUGCUGGAGAGCACCAUGAACGAGUACCACCGGCGGCUGAACUGCAACCUCACGCAAAUCGGGGGCCUGCUGGACACCAAGGGAUACGGCAUCGGCAUGCCACUGGGUUCUCCAUUCAGAGAUGAGAUCACUUUGGCCAUCCUUCAGCUCCAGGAGAAUAAUCGUCUGGAGAUCUUGAAGCGGCGCUGGUGGGAGGGUGGGCAGUGCCCGAAGGAGGAGGACCACCGGGCGACGGGACUGGGCAUGGAGAACAUUGGGGGCAUAUUCGUGGUACUCAUCUGUGGCCUGAUCAUCGCCGUGUUUGUGGCCAUCAUGGAGUUUGUCUGGUCAACGCGACGCUCGGCCGAGAAGGACGAGGUGUCUGUCUGCCUGGAGAUGAUAAGCGAGCUUCAUAGUGCCAUCUCCUGUAAAAAGAGCUCUCGUCCCAAGCGACGGCGCCACCUGCUGGGAGCCCGGGGGCCCCGCCACCCUGCCCGUCUCUCCCUCAGUGCCCCGCGCCCACUGCGACUUGUGAGGGACCUGCGGCUGAGCAAUGGCAAACUGUACAGCAGUGCGGCACCGCUGUCUCCGGGGGGGGCCCCAGCUAUAGGCCCGGGGCCACAGUGUCUGCUAGAGGAUCACACAGGGGCCAAAAGCACCCCCACGGCCCUGCUAGCCCCCCAGCGGAGCUGUCCACACAUCCGCAUCUGCCAGGAGUGCCGACGGAUCCAGAGCCUGAGGUCACCCUGCCCCAGGGCCGGCACCUCGCCCCCCUCCGCUGCUCCAGCAUGCCUCCCCCCACCGCUGCCCCCAUCCUCUUCCAGUACAGGCAGCGAAAGGCGUGGAGGGGACAGCCCUCACCUCCCACACCUUACACCUCCUCCACGAGCUCUGCCCUCCUCCUAUAGCAGAACCAGUGCCGAUCUUGGGGCAGAACAGGACUAAGCUGGAAGGGCUGAAUGGAGGACUGGGCCCCACAUGCACAUGCACACACACACACACACACACACACACACACACACACACACAGAGUGUCGUCUGUGGAAGGAAAAGGGCCUCCAGGCCACCAAAUGAAUUGACCCAGACCUGGAGCAGAUGGCUGGAUAUUGUGAGCUCAGGUGGGGUACUCUGGGCAUGGAAGCAGAAACAAGGAAGACCAGCCCAGCGUGGUUGUAUGCUUGGAAAUGUCCUUUACCCAGAAUGCACUGUGCCUUGCAGGGCAGCUAGGAUAACACCACGGUGACGCUUUUAUGGAAGGCACUGUGUAGGGGCACUAAAAUGAUGGAACUGAUGUUCUUCUGUGAACAACACCUAUUUAGCCUUUGUUGUUUAUCACCAUGGUGACAGGACCAGUGUAAUGUAAGAAGCAACCUGUGAAGAUCUUGCAUUAAACUUCAACAUCUCCAACUGCGGGAAGAUCUCUCGCACCUGGAACCCGGGUCUGUAGCUGAAGUAUAGAGGCCGUGGAUGUAAGGGAUCCCGGCCUGCAGAGUGUGAAAGAUAGAAGCCUGGACUAUUCUCUCCUUUUCUUUCCUGUGGCUAGCUGCAUAAACUGUGCUUAUGUCCGAAGGAUUUUCAAAUGUAGGUGCUGUGUCUUAUUUAAGUUGUUAAAUAAAACUGUCAGUCAUUGGGUUCAGCUGACUAAUGCCACCUUCCACCUGCAUGCCAAGCUAAACCGAAUCUGCACCCAAGCUGGAAAAGGCCUAAUGUCUCUCUGAGAGCCGUGGGCUGUAGGCCACUGGAAAAAGCCUAAUGUCUCUCUGAGAGCUGUGGGCUGUAGGCCGCUGGAAAAGGCCUAAUGUCUCUCUGAGAGCCAUGGGCUGUAGGCCUCAGUCCAAGAUCAUUUAGCCACGAGAUUAGAAGGUAAGAGUGACCACUGUCUUCAAAAGGAAAUGCCCACCCUGGAGUGUGUAGGAGUGUCACAUCUACAUGACCUUUUACAUCUUAAUUUUGCAGGUGAUUUUAUCCAAUCAGGAAGCAGGGUCAUCAGUGUCUCUGUGGCGUUUGUGGGUUUAGGGCCUCGUUGAGGGAACAAGCAGUGACAUCACUCUGCCAGCCGUGAGCCUCACUCAGUUUUUUCUCAUCAACAUAACAGUUGGGUACAAACAUUAUAGAUGCCCCCUAGUCAACAGUAUGAAAUGAAAAUAGAAACAAAUGCUCUAUAGUUACUUAUAAAUAUGCAUUCAACUGAUUUCACUCAGUAUUAAAUAUUCAACUCAAUAUUAAAUAUUAAUACUUAAAGAAUAAUAAAU